AUGAAUCACGUUUAUUAUUCUGUCUACUACACGUACAUGUAUACGGUAUUUAUGGCUGUAGGUCCUUUAGUUUUACUUAUUGUGCUUAAUUUUGGUAUUGUUAUGAAUGCGCUCAAAAGGCCUAGGGAGCCUGAUUCAGAUAUUAUAAGCCUUGUAUUAGUUGUUUGCCUAUUUAUUUUUUGCAACUUUACAGCUUUAUUAGUUAAUUUUCUUGAAUUAACUUUUGCUGAUCAAUUAAAACAUUUAAUUGUUUAUUUGGUUGAUUUAAGCAAUUUAUUAGUUGUAAUUAAUUGUACAGCUAAUUUCUUUGUUUAUUUAAUUUUUGGCCAAAGUUUUCGAAAAACUUUAAUUAAAAUAAUUCAAAAUCCAAAUAAAUCAACAUUAAAUAAUAGAGGAGGAAAUACAACAAAAUUAUUAUUAAAAGAAGAAAAUAAAGAAAGAAAAAAGAAAUUAAUUUUAUUUAGUAAAGAUUAUGAAUUAUCUAUAGAAGGGAGUGAUGAUGUUUAA